CCACCUUUCGAAGUCCAAACUACUCGCAUAGUCGCAUUCGCCUUCCCUUAUCCUCUCUCUCUCUCUCUCUCUCUCUCUCUCUCUCUUGUUUACAUCACCCAGAAAACGAAAUUUAACCAGAAAAAAUCUCUCCCACAUCCAAUCCACCCUCAUUCGAAUUCAAGAACCUCAAACAGAACAAAAAAAAUCCAACAAAACCCUAACCUAAAAAUCUCCCCCUCGCCAUGGACGUAUCUUCUUACCUUCACCAAACCAAACCCAUUCCCUCUCCAAUACUCCGUCCUCCCCUCCACCCUCCCCCUCUUUCCGUGCUCGCCAGGAUUUCGUUUUCACUCCGCCCUAGAAGAAGAACAACUUCCUACUCGUUUCGGCCCAGUAGAAAAACAAACACUUGCUUGGCUUCUUCAGGUUCUGAUACAUUAGUCGCUUCGAAUCGAAAAGAGGAUUCUUCCAAGUCAGUUGCAAGCAACAAGGAAGAAGAAGAUGAGUUUGACUUGAAAUCUUGGAUGCAUAAGAAUGGACUACCUCCUUGUAAGGUUGUGCUAAAGGAAAAGCCUUCCUACGAUAAGAAUCAUCGCCCUAUACAUUACGUUGCCGCCAGUGAGGAUCUUCAGGCUGGAGAUGUUGCAUUUUCUGUCCCUAACUCGUUGGUCGUAACACUGGAGAGGGUUUUGGGGAACGAGAAUAUUGCGGAACUCUUGACAACAAACAAAUUGUCAGAAUUAGCCUGCUUGGCUCUCUAUCUGAUGUAUGAAAAGAAGCAAGGGAAGAAGUCUUUCUGGUAUCCAUACAUCAGGGAGCUUGAUCGUCAAAGAGGAAGGGGUCAGCUAGCAGUGGAAUCACCUCUUCUAUGGACUGAAACAGAACUUGCUUACCUGACAGGCAGCCCCACUAAGCAUGAAGUUAUGGAGAGAGCUGAAGGGAUCAAGAGAGAGUAUAAUGAGCUGGACACUGUUUGGUUUAUGGCCGGGUCUCUGUUUCAGCAAUACCCAUAUGACAUACCGACAGAGGCCUUUCCUUUCGAGAUUUUUAAACAAGCUUUUGUUGCGGUUCAAUCCUGCGUUGUCCAUUUGCAGAAAGUCAGUUUGGCUCGUAGAUUUGCAUUAGUUCCACUUGGUCCCCCAUUGUUAGCCUAUAGAAGCAAUUGCAAGUCAAUGUUAACUGCUGUCGAUGGUGCUGUUCAAUUGGUUGUGGAUCGCCCGUACAAGGCUGGGGAACCUAUUGUUGUCUGGUGUGGGCCACAACCCAAUUCGAAAUUGCUUCUGAACUAUGGUUUUGUUGAUGACGAUAAUGCAUUUGACCGUUUAGUGGUGGUGGGAGCAUUGAAUACUGAGGAUCCCCAGUAUCAGGACAAGAGAAUGGUUGCUCAAAGGAAUGGAAAGCUUUCUGUACAAACUUUCCACGUGUCUGUUGGAAAGGAGAAAGAAGCUGUCUCAGAUAUGCUUCCUUAUCUACGGUUGGGAUAUGUUUCAGAUCCUUCAGAGAUGCAAUCAGUCAUUUCUUCUCAAGGUCCAAUUUGUCCGGUGAGCCCUUGUAUGGAACGAGCAGUUUUGGGUCAACUUGCUGAUUAUUUUGAAACAAGGCUAGCUGGUUACCCUACGACUUUUAGGGAAGACGACUCUAUGUUGGCAGAUUUCAAUUUGGACCCAAAGAAACGAGUUGCUACUCAGCUUGUCAGGUUGGAAAAGAAAAUGCUAAAUGCGUGUUUGAAGGCAACUGUUGACUUGAUAAACCAGUUACCUGAUAACACCGUAUCUCCAUGCCCAGCUCCUUAUGCUCCAAUAUUAAGAUGAAAGAAAUUGCCAAUCUUGUUGAUGAACCUUCAAGCAAUCUUCUUUGCCGUAGUUGGAUAUGUCCAGUUCAAGUGGAGGAACAUAUAGGAGAUCAAUCUAGCAAGACAGACUAUUUAGGUGACCAAAGAAAUGGAGUUUUUAUAAGCUACCGGUAUGGUAGCCAUCUACAAGAUUGAUGUAUCUUUGGCUGAAGUUUGGAGUUCGAGAUUGAGAGAUCAUGUUAUUUCACUACUGGUAUCUCCGCAUAUACUCCCCGUCAUCAGAGAAGUCGUGCAUUUCCCAUUUUCCUGUUCAUUUUGUAUUCUUCCAGCUUUACUGUCAAGGCCCGAUGUGAUAUAAUAGCUUUGAAGGGUUGUAGAUGGUUUUCUUCCUGUCUUUGUAUUUACGUGAACUCCUUGCCCUUUGUAAAUGCUUACAUGUAUCGCCAUUUUGAAUUCAUUCUGUUUUGAACGUGUAUUGGGUGGAUUUUCCAACGAUUAUUACAUAGCUUUAUUCAUAAUUGGAUGCAGUAAUUCCAUGAAA